ACCUGCUCCUCUCCUCUCCUCCACGCCUAGCUUUCUUGUCUUCACCAGAAACAACCAUGGAUUCCGACACCCAAUCCCUUGAAAACCCUGGAAUCGAAUCAACUGAAGAACAAAGUCAAACACCAGUUUCUCAAUCCCCGUUCGCCACUGCUUCUCUUUCUCUAUCUUCCUUACCCGCAACCCUACCUACCCAGUUCUUCAUUCAACCCAAAAUCUUAUCUUUAUUCUCUUCUAAAUCACCCACUAAGGUUAAAGUCCCAACCCAGGCUUCCUCCCUUUGCAAUCUAUCCCUUUCUUCAAGUUCCCCUUCUCCUUCCAAAUUUUCAUUCAAAUCCACCUUUGCCAACAACCCUCUCCAGUCUCCUCUCUCCUUGGCCCCGCGCCGCCCUCUGGACCCUUCCAACGGAGCCGCAAUUCGCCGAGCUUCCAUCAUCUGGUUCCGCAACGAUUUACGGGUCCACGACAACGAGUGUAUCAAUACGGCCAACAAUGAGUCCAUGUCUGUUUUGCCUGUCUACUGUUUUGACCCUCGAGAUUACGGGAAAUCCUCGUCUGGGUUCGAUAAAACGGGUCCCUACAGAGCCACAUUCUUGAUUGAAUCAGUUUCGGAUCUCCGAAAGAACCUACAAGCACGAGGGUCGGAUCUCGUGGUCCGAAUUGGGAAGCCGGAGAGUGUUCUGGUUGAGUUAGCUAAAGCUAUUGGGGCUGACGCUAUUUAUGUUCAUAGAGAAGUAUCUCAUGAUGAGGUCAAGGCUGAGGAAAAGAUUGAGACGGCCAUGAAGGAAGAAGGGGUUGAAGUUAAGUACUUUUGGGGAAGUACUUUGUUCCAUGUUGAUGAUUUGCCUUUUAAAUUGGAAGAUAUGCCUUCCAAUUAUGGUGGGUUUAAGGAGAAAGUGAAAGGCUUAGAGAUAAGGAAGACGAUUGAAGCAUUGGACCAAAUGAAAGGGAUGCCAUCCAGAGGUGACGUGGAGACUGGAGAUAUUCCUUCAUUGACAGAUUUGGGACUUAAUCCCAGUGCCACAAUGGCUCAGGACGGUAGGCAAUCUGUUAGUGCCACUAUGGCUGGAGGGGAGAAUGAAGCAGUGCAACGGCUUAAAAAAUUUGCAGCCGAGUGUCGAGCACAGCCGUACAAGGGGAGCAAGGAUGGUAGCCAGGACAGCAUAUAUGGUGCUAACUUUUCUUGCAAAAUAUCUCCAUGGCUAGCCGUGGGAUGCAUAUCUCCCAGGUUCAUGUUUGAUGAACUAAAGAAAACUGCGAAUAGGACCAUUUCUUCUGCUCCAAAGAAAAAUGAUGGCGGUAGUGGCUCACCUGAUACUCAAAUGAACUGGUUGAUGUUUGAGUUGUUGUGGAGGGAUUUCUUCAGAUUCAUCACCAAGAAAUACAGUUGUGCGAAGGUUGGAAGUGCUGCUCCUGCCACAGCUUGUACAGGUACCCUUGCUUAAGCAAAGAAUUUGUACUGAUUUUGAGGGGGUUAUUGUUUUGGGAGUGUGGGUUGUUCUCAAUUCUUCAUGGAUUUUUAACUUGUAUCGAGUAGCUAUUAAAUGGAAUGGUAGAAUAGGUUUGCUCAAAAGGCAGUCCUCCUUGUUGAACUCUUUGUUUGUGUCGCCUAAUAAAUUGCGUUGUUAUUGUAAAUUUGUCUCGGCUUUUGGGCCUUGAAACCACUAUGGCUGUUUCUGCAUUGUUUAAAUGGAAAUUAGGGGUUCCAGGGAUAACAGUU